AUGCUGUGCAAUGGCCAAGAGCCUUAUCCUGGAAUGAGCCCUGGCGAGACUUUUGUCAAGGUGAAUUUAAUUUUUUUUUUGGACUUUUAGGAAAGAUUAUAAGACAGAUUGACAUCGACGUAUACUGUAAUUUUCAGGUCAAAGAUGAGCAGUAUCGCAUGACUUUACCGCCUUGCACUCCACCUGAAAUGGUCAACUUCAUUACGCAGAAAUGUUGGGCCGAAAACCCGAAUGAUCGCUAUUCUAUGCAGGAGUUGGCCCAUAAGUUGGAAUUGUGGUGGAAAGUCCCUCGUGCACCCGCGCCCAGCAAGAUCUCCGAAGUUUUCACCCAGAGGCCUUUGAAGAAGAAGAAGAACAAAAAGGGAUAA